CUCCAGGCGGCGUGGGGGUCUUUGAUCAAGAAAAUCCAAUUAUUUGUGUAUAUACAUUUCCCACAUAGUGAUUACUUCAUUAAUUGUCCCGCCUUUAUCUCCUCCCUUCCCAUCCCCCCUAAUAAUCAGCUCCUUUAUCCAGACCAACAAACACACCAUAGGAGCUUUGUGGAUUCAAAGGAUUUGCUUUCCCCUCUCAAAGAGCCGCUAUUCUUUGAUGAUUGGGCAGCGGCGAACUUCAAAGUAAUAAAUCUUAUUUCUGACUGGCUGGCGGCCCACCAAAGUCCUUAUCAAAUUCUAAGAAGUGAUCCCUCACUCUUCAGAUAGACCGAGGAGAUCACAGGGAGAGGAGGCACUGAAGAGUGAAGCUCUGCUCCACGAGCUCUUUUUUCUUUUUUAAACGCGAAUGCACAGAUUUAUCUGAAUUAGUACUUUUUUUUAUUUUUAUUUGUUUCCAUCGAGAGGGAGGAGGAGGUUUCUUUUGCACCAUGGCAGCGGUGGCGGUACUGCGGAAUGAAACACUCCAGGCUUUUCUCCAGGAUCGCACUCCAAACUCUUCUCCAGAGAACUGUAAGCACUCUCCGCUGGCUCUCCUGGCUGCCACUUGUAACCGGAUCGGGCAUCACCACGGAUCGAACCACACAGAUUUCAUCCAGGUCCCUUACGACCCCACUCUGGGCUCCCCUUCGCGUUUAUUUCACCCGUGGACUAACGAGGGGAACACACAGGGCAGCCUGGCCAGCAACUCCAGUUUCGGACUAUCCUCCAAGCCGCAGCUGUCUGCGCACAUCCAGAGCUCCUUCAGCUCGCACCACGAACUGCCCCUCACCCCCCCGGCGGACCCCUCUUACCCUUAUGACUUCUCCCCCGUGAAGAUGUUACCUUGCUCCAUGCAGUCUCUGCAGUCCACCUGUCCUCCAACCUACGUCCCUGCAGUCAGUUACGCAGCGCCAACUCCCAUCCCGCCCGCGGCCCACUUUUGUCACGGGACCCUCGGGCCUUGUGCACCACCACCACCACCACCACCAGCAGCAAGACAGUUGUCCCCAAACCCCGGGGAGGAGAUCCCGUGGUGGAGCCUCCAGCAGGGGAACCACGUCAGUCACUCUUCUUCUCUCGGUCCCCAUCGCUUCCAGCUGCAGAGGGGUUUGGUGUUGGGACACACGGACUUUGCGCAAUACCAGACGCAGAUCGCCGCUCUGCUGCACACAAAGUCCCCGCUCGCGACUGCGCGGCGGUGCAGGAGGUGCAGGUGUCCCAACUGCCAGUCGUCCACGUCCAGCGACGAGCCCGGCAAGAAGAAGCAGCACAUUUGUCACAUACCCGGCUGCGGGAAAGUGUACGGCAAAACUUCUCACCUGAAGGCGCACCUGCGGUGGCACUCGGGGGAGCGGCCGUUUGUGUGCAACUGGCUCUUCUGUGGCAAGAGCUUCACCAGGUCGGACGAGCUGCAGAGACACCUGAGGACACACACGGGGGAGAAGCGCUUUGUUUGCCCGGACUGCUGCAAAAGGUUCAUGAGGAGUGACCACCUGGCAAAACAUGUCAAAACUCACCAGAACAAAAAAAGCAAGUGCCACGACAAGACACUCGAUCACGUCAAAAGGGAAGACACGAGGAAUAUGUUGUAACACACUUUAGUCAUAGUCAUUUGAAAUCAGUAGAAAUCACUCCAGUGCAACACAGUCAGUCGUUCAUUAGUUUGAAUCCACAGUGAGCUGCAUUUAGGGUGUUUCUCUUUAUUUUGUUGGUUGAUUCUUUCAUCCUGACACUAGUUUCUUCCAUCGCUGGUCUGUGUAGCACAUGUUUGUAUGUGUAUAUAAAGUUUCAUAAGUUAAUUUGGGACCUUGGAGAAGUUAUAGGUCAUGAGUUUGAAUCCACUGUCUUUAUCAUGUCAAACAAAGACAAGUUUCCAACUUGUGUUUUUCGAUCAUUGUCUUCGGUGGAAGAUUUCACUCCCCUGUAAAUUAUAUUUAAUAGCUUUUGUUGAAUGAAAGUGUCAGUUGUUUGCUCCAUAUGGGGUGUUUUAAGCAUGCUCUUGAAAAGAUCUGCUAUUGUUGAUAUGACCCAAAAUACUGUGUGAGAAUAAAGAUUAUAACAUUUUCCUCA